CGGCCGACGGAAGUUAGCCGGUGGCUGCUGAAGCCUGAUGCUAACGUCCUGCUAUUCCGUCAGAAGAGCGUUUAUGAAAUGUUUCUUGCCUCUUUUGACGACAUUUCAUGUUAACUGUGGUAUUUUGAUCAACACUUUCCGGUGAUAUCGCAUCGUUCCUGUCGACGAGUCUGGCUCCGGCCAGUUUUCCCGUAGAUGAAGAUGUCUCUGGCCCAGCGGGUGUUCCUGUCCUGGAUCUUCGCCCUGGUCUUCCUCAUCAUGCUGGUCCUCAAACUCGACUCCAAGAUCCACUGGAACUGGUUCCUCAUUUUCCUCCCCGUGUGGAUCUUCGACACCAUCCUCAUCCUCAUGCUGGUGGUCAAGAUGGCGGGACGCUGCAAUCCGGACUUUGACCCGCGGGAUGGCGAGCAGAGCCUGACCAGGAAGGUCUGGUAUCUGAUGGCCUUGCUGUUGAAGCUGGCCUUCUGUCUGACCCUGUGCUCCCGGCUGGAGAGGCUGACCAACAUAUGGGCCUGCGUGGUGUGCGUCCCUCUCUGGGUGUUGAUGGGCGGAGCCCUGGUGGAGCUGGGACACAGUGUUUUCCACUACAGGAGAGACUGAAAACUCUGCGCCGCGUUCAACAAAUAUUCCUGUUCUUGACUGAAGAGACUCGUCCAGCGUCCUCACAUGGCCAAACUUGUUUACAUUCAGUUUCUCUCACUUUCAACUCUGGUGUCUAUCACACAGCCUGUAAAUAUCAUGUCUAUGUCACUGUGUUUUUAUGGAACUCAUCUUUGUUUGGCGACGUAAAGGAUGCUACUGCUACUGAUGCUUAUAUUGCUUUGCCAUUGGAUUAAAUUAUUUUUAACAUCC